AUGGCAUCCACCAGUUUCGUUCAAUUGCAACUUCCAAAGUUGAACGGGAGGAAUUUCAACAACUGGUCACUCCGGAUGAAGGUUCCGUUCAAAUCCCGGGAUUUGUGGAACUUGGUGGAGAGUGGCUACACCGAAGUAGCCGAUUCUGAAGAAUUCAACGCUUUGAAAAAGGAGGAUAAGGAUUUGUUGGUCGAGUCCCGAAAGAAAGAUCAGAGAGCAUUAUAUGAGAUCUUUCAAGCGGUGGAGGAGACGAUAUUUGAAAAAAUAUCAUGUGCGAAGACCGCAAAAGCGGCGUGGGAUAUUCCGCAAAACUCCUACAAGGGCGAUGAUCGAGUGAAGCGAGUUCGACUUCAAACACUUCGAGGUGAUUUUGAGUCUUUAUGCAUGAACGACUCUGAAUCUAUCUCGUCGUACUUUGAUCGUGUGCAAACCAUCGUUAACCAAUUGAGGGUUAAUGGUGAAGAACUCCAAGAUGAACGAGUCGUAGGAAAAAUCUUGAGGUCUUUGACUGAAAGAUUUGACUACGUUGUUGCGGCAAUCGAAGAAGGCCAAGAUAUAUCAACCAUGACGUUGGAGCGGUUGAUGGGGGUCAUUAUGCUCACAUGA